ACAGACGAGGCAUUUUGGAGCUUCCACUUGGAGCUCGAGGGCCGGACGAGGAGGGCAGGCUCUCCCCGGGAGGACAGACUGACAGCGAGGAAGAUCCUGGGCCCAGGUGAGAGGAAGAUGAAGCUCCUGCUGGUGCUGACGAUGCUGUUUGCCUGCAGUGUGUUCGCAGCUCUCGGGAAGCACCCACGCAAGUUCACACCGGGACUCGAGGGAAGCACCGUAGGAAACCUGACUGCCCAUGGAUGCUACUCGGGAUGGGGCACCUCCAGGGCUUCCGUGGAUCGGUGCUGCCUGCUCCGAGCCUGCUGCUAUGCCAAGCUGGCAGCGCGGCGGUGCCGAGUGGGAGCGGUGCAGCCCCUGGCCGCGGCCCGGGCACGGAUCGCCAGCUGCAGGUCGGGGACGUGGUGCCAGCGAGGCGCCUGCAGGUGCGAGCGGGCGGCGCGGCUGUGCCGGGCUCAGCUCCGCCGCCGUGCCCGCUGCCGAGGACGAGCCGGGCGGUGCUGAAGCCAAAAUCUCCCUUUGCAAAACCAUCUCCGGGCUGAUCCGGCUCCGGCGAGUCUCCUCUUCGGGGAAUUUCGGCUUCGAGGAGAGGACAAGGAGCCUCCGGUGUCGGGAUCCGAGGAGGGGGAGCAGCGCUGAGGCGAUGUUCCAGCACGGCAAAACAAGGGAGGAGUGGACACCUGCCCCUCGUCCCGGGGAGGGACGGGAUGGGAAGCGACCCCUUUGGCAGCCUGUCCGCUCCCUCCGCUUCCUGCUUCACAGCAAAUUCCCUCCUGUUGCUCCAAAAUAAAACCAGAGAGCCCAAA